UGUGUCCAUGUGUAGGCGAAUCACGUGUAGAGACUCUGAUCGUCUUGUCCCUGCUGUAGUGAAUGAUUCACUCCAUUCUUGAUUUCAUUUUCGUUGCUAGCUACUCUUUAUUUUAACCACAAUUAUUUUCUCAUACAUUUCACCGAAGAAUGAGCGACAAUGAAGAUAUCGAUGUCGACAGUGACGCAGACAAACGAGCACAUCAUAAUGCGCUGGAGCGCAAACGUAGAGACCACAUCAAAGACAGCUUCAGCAGUUUACGGGACUCUGUACCUGCAUUACAAGGGGAAAAGGUUAGUAAACAAUCUGUCAAACAGGCUUCCCGAGCUCAGAUUCUAGACAAAGCCACAGACUACAUCCAGUACAUGAGACGAAAAAACCACACACACCAGCAGGACAUCGAUGACCUGAAGAAGCAGAAUGCACUACUGGAGCAGCAGGGUGAGUGUGGGCUCAAGGCCCGGCGCCAACUGCAGGAGCAGGAGGGUGUUCGUGCACUGGAGAAGGCCAAGGGGAACACUGCACUUCAGACCAACUACUCGUCCUCUGACAGCAGCUUGUACACCAACCCUAAGGGGAGUGCCGUGUCGGCUUUCGAUGGUGGUUCCGACUCCAGCUCUGAAUCAGAGCCGGAGGAGCCUCCUAACAGAAAGAAGCUGCGCGUGGAGCCCAUCUAGGCCAUCUACAGUGCUGUUACCAGAGACUCUGUUAUCCACCUGUCCACUCCUCUGUUCACAGUCUUCAUCCUUUUUAUGCCAGCUCAGGAGACUAAGGGAUGACUGUGUUAGUGAGGUGCUGUCAUAUAAGCCUAAACCAUGUAUCAACCUUUCUCUUCCCUCUGGUGUCUUGUCACUCCUAUCAUGGCACAACCCCCACCCCCCUGUAAGGCAGCUCUGCAGUUUGAAUUACUUAAAGUAUCCGUCUAGUGAAAAUAUAAAAAAAGUUAAUAUUCUGUUAACUUACUACCAAAUAGCGGGUUUGACUUAUAUUGCCCUAUAUCUGUAUUUGUGGCCAAAGCUUAAAUUGGAGACAGAAAAAAAGACUUCAUAUACCCUUCCUCAAACUUCUAAAUCAGACAGUUUGAAAAAUGCUCAGGAGAAUGUCAUCCUCCUAAGGAACUGGCCAAUUAGUGGUUUACAAUAAAAUAAAUGUAUGUCUAGUAUACACCCACACCAUUCUGGAUAUUUGAGAAAUCCAGAACAACUGGGCAGUUACUUUGAUGCUUUUAAAACCUCAUUAUAACGAUUCACAAUUCCAUCUGGAGGUGACCAUUUGUACAGCUUUAGACUUGCUACAACAAAUACCCCUGUUUAUUGUUUUGGAUCAUUUCAAUGAACCUGUUUAGAGUUGGGACUCACAGAGACCUUAGUGAAAAUGUCCUUAGGAAUAGUUUACCUUUUUAAUAUUUGUACUUUUCCACUAAAGAAUGUGAAGUUGCUUUGGGACAAAAAAUAUAUGUAUUGCAACCCUCCUGAAUCAGUGUGUAGAUGGCUGAAGUUUUCUGUCUUUGAACUAUUUGUGUAAUCAAAUCCCUAUAUUUAAAGUGAUAUAUAUUGAAAUUGGUUUUGUAUCCCAUAUUGUACUUUUGUUUUUUCAUUUAGCUUGACUAUUCAUCAACGGAGAUGGAAACAUGAAAAACGUCGGCCUCAUUUAAUAUAUUCUCACCUCACAGGUUCAACAAUGUUUAUUUUAAUUCACGAAAAUUCUGACAAAAACAAAUUUUUCCCCAAAAUGGAUACUGAAUUUUACACAAUGCAGUUAAAGGUAGUAAUCUAUUAUUUUGUAUGAAAGGAAAACAAGUCCAUAUCAGUGUGUAGUGCAAAACACUGUAUACUCCUAAAUGUUGUCAAUUUUACAAAGAAAAACCUUCCCCGGAAAUAUUUGCCUGUCCUGGGAAUGUUUGUGUCACUUUGAUUUUCAUUUUUUUCUUUCAUUUUAGAGAUAUAAUUAGUGUGUACAAAAUAUAUAUUUGUUUCAUUCCAUUCCGUGGAAAUUACAGGUAUGUUGUACAUACUGCCAACAACUGUCUUGCAAGUUGAGGCAUUCCUUUGCUAUGAGACUAUUAUAAAUAAAACUAUUUUAUCCUUUA